AUGGGAGAAGAAGAUGAGAAACCAUCUAUUGACGGAGCGUCUCCGAGGUAUCUAUCAAACAAAGUUGCGGAUAUUGAUACCGAGCUUUCCGAGAUGAAAGCUUCUCUUGAGAGCAGAGAAACUGAGGUCGUUUCCUUAAGAGCCGCCUUAUUGGAGAAAGACGUCUUGUUGAAGAACCUUGAAGCCGAGAUUGAGAAAGGUAAAGAAUCAGAGAAGAAACUGCUUGGCUCGCUUGAAGAGCAAUCAAGAGAGCUCGAGCAAUCCAAGGUAGAGAUUGCUUCUUUGAAAGAAAGGAUUGAUGGGUCUUUUCAUAGCCAAGACACGAGCGAAGAAGAAGAAGAAGAUGAUAGCUCUGUUCAGGAUUUCGAUAUUGAGUCUAUGAAGAUUGAGAUGGAAUCGACAAAGGAGAGUCUCGCACAGGCUCAUGCGGCUGCAGAAGCUUCUUCCUUGAAGGUAUCUGAUCUGCUAGAAGAGAUGAAAUCGGUUAAGAACGAGCUCAAAUCAGCGACUGAUGCAGAGAUGACAAGCAAGAAAGCUAUGGAUGAUUUGGCAAUGGCUUUGAAAGAGGUAGCUACUGAUUGUAGCCAAACGAAAGAGAAGCUUCAGAUCGCAGAAACAGAGCUCGAGGCUGCAAGAUUAGAAUCUAAGGAAUGGAAGGAGAAACACGAGGAAGUGAGGAAAGAAGCAGAAUUGCUCAAGAACACGAGUGAGAGACUAAGGAUCGAAGCAGAGGAAUCUCUUUUGGCUUGGAAUGGGAAAGAGUCUGUGUUCGUGAGUUGUAUAAAGAGAGGAGAAGAUGAGAAGAAUUCGCUUCUUGAUGAGAACAACAGAUUGCUUGAAGCUCUUGUUGCUGCAGAGAAUUUGAGCAAGAAGGCUAAAGAAGAGAAUCACAAGGUGAGAGAUAUACUGAAACAAGCGAUUAGCGAAGCUAAUGUUGCGAAAGAAGCAGCGGGAAUCGCGAGAGCUGAGAACUCGAAUUUGAAAGAUGCCUUGUUGGAUAAAGAAGAGGAGUUGCAAUUUGCUCUGAGGGAGAUCGAAAGAGUCAAGGUUAAUGAAGCUGUGGCUAAUGACAAUGUUAAGAAGCUGAAGAAGUUGUUGUCUGAAAUUGAGGUAGCUAUGGAAGAAGAGAAAAACAGAAGCUUGAGCAGGCAAGAGUCGAUGCAGAAGGAUGUAGAAGUUGUUGAGAAGAAGGUCGAGGAGAAGGAGAAGAAGGAAGAGAAGAAAGAGAACAAGAAGGAAAAGAAAGAGAGCAAGAAGGAGAAGAAGGAACAUGGAGACAAGAAGGAAGACAAGGAGAAGAAAGAGCAUACGCAACAGAAUAUCGACAAGAAGAUGAUCGGGAAGACUUGUAGUUUCAGUAUCAUGAAGCUGGCUCACAAUCACAAGCACAAGGAAUCAGGAGAGGAAGAGACAAAAGCACAGUCACAAGCACAAGACAACAACAACAACAACAGCAAUCACAAUGAUGAUAGUGGUGAAGGAAACUCUCCAGCUUCAGAUUCUUAUCUCUUCAAAGGUUCCAUCUUUGAUGUAGCUGAGACGCCACACGCAGCAGCGGCGCAAACCCAUCACAAAAGGAGAUCUUCGUGUACGUUUUUGGAAGAAGUAGAGACGAUAAAUCCAGAGGAUUUGGAGAGUUUGGUUGGGAAUCAUUUAGAAGAAGGAGAAUUAAACGACAAAGGAGCAGUAGCAGCGAGGAAGAAGAAGGCAUUUAUUCGUAGAUUUGGGGAUCUUCUCGUUAGGAGGAAAAGCUUGAGUUUCUCACACAAGAAAGAGUCUUCCACUGACUCACAAGAUAAGCAGCAGCAACCGCAGACGCCGACUUCACCGUCUCCGCCGCAACCGCCGCUGUCUCCCGAGCCCUGAAGACAAUUGUUUUGAUCUGUUUGAGUAUUUUUGAUACGCCAUUGUUGUCUUUUUUUUUUUCUUUUUCUUUUUUCUGCUGCACAUAAACAAACACUAAUAAUGAGUUCGAAUUUGUUGUAAUAAGGAGUGAUUUUUUUUUGUUUUCUUUAAAGUUUGAAUCGCUCAUCGAAAGGCAAAUAUACUGUAUAUGCGAUACGAAAUAAUCUCAAUG